GUCUUCACACUUGCUUCCCGUUGUUGCAAUAUUAGGCGAACCAAGGAAGUAAUAAAACAAUACUCUCGAGUUGAGUUAGACUCCUUGGAAGUUUUUUUUUGUUUGGCAUUUCAAAGAUCAUGGGAGUGCACGGUCUAUGGGAUCUCCUCGCUCCGGUGGGCCGCCGUGUUUCCGUCGAAACUCUCACCGGGAAACGCCUUGCAAUCGAUGCUAGCAUAUGGAUGAUACAAUUCAUGAAAGCGAUGCGCGAUGAACGAGGUGAAAUGGUGAGAAAUGCUCAUAUUCUAGGGUUUUUCCGCCGCAUUUGCAAGCUUCUCUUUCUUCGUACGAAGCCGGUGUUCGUGUUUGAUGGCGGAACACCGGCUUUGAAGCGGAGGACUGUUAUUGCGAGGCGGAGACAAAGGGAGAAUGCUCAGGCGAAGAUUCGAAAGACUGCUGAAAAGUUGCUUUUGAAUCAUGUUAAAGCAAUGAGACUGAAACAAUCGGCUGAUAAUCUCCAGAAUCAGAAAGAAAUGGACAGUGCUAAGGGUAAAGAGGUUGUGUCGGAAAAAUCUGACGCGUCGAAUAAAGACGAGGCAGCAUUGGAAGGUCACAAUCAGGAAAUGAUAGAUGAAAUGUUGGCUGCAUCAAUACUAGCAGAGGAGUCUGGUGAGCUUGGCACUGCAUCAAACUGUGCUGCUGAGAUUGGUAGCUCUAGUGGCAAUGCAUCUACUUCUGCUGCAGCGUUUCCCAAAGAAGACGAGGAAGAUGAAUCGGAUGAGGAGAUGAUGCUACCAAUAACUGACGGAAAUGUGGAUCCAGCUGUAUUAGCAGCUUUGCCUCCAUCUAUGCAGCUUGAUCUUCUUGUUCAGAUGCGGGAAAGAUUGAUGGCAGAGAACAGACAAAAGUAUCAAAAAGUGAAAAAGGCUCCUCAGAAGUUUUCUGAACUCCAAAUUGAAGCAUAUCUUAAAACAGUUGCAUUCCGCCGUGAAAUUGAUCAAGUUCAAAAAGCUGCUGCCGGGAGGGGGGUAGCUGGUGUUCAGACUUCUCGCAUUGCGUCUGAAUCUAAUAGAGAAUUUAUAUUCUCAUCAUCCUUUUCUGGAGAUAAACAACUUCUUGCAUCUGGUGGAGCUGAGAAAACACCUGAGAUUCAACAAAUGAAGGAUAGGAAGGAUUCUUCCUUUGAUAUUCUGAAUGCCAUGGCUUCUGCUUCCAAGUUUAUGACAGAAGCUGAACCAGCUGUUGAUGAAGCUGUCCAAACAUUUGUCGAUGAGAGAGGGCAUAGGCGUGUCAGUAGCAGAAGAGCUAUGGGCAUUCGUAUGACAAGAGAUUUGCAGAGGAACAUAGAAUUGAUAAAAGAACUUGAACAAGAGAGGACAACUGUGACUAUUGAAGCAAACGCACAGAAUAACCCUGAUAUGGAAGUUCAUGAAUUUCACUGUGAUGGCAAAUUUAAUGAGGCUGUGAAUGAGUUUAACUGUGACAUUGAACAAAACAGCAAUGUGAACUCGUCAUUAGAGCCUGCAAACAAUAAAGAUGCACAAAAUAGUGAAACUUGUAUAAAGAUAACUUUUGAUGCUGAUGCUGAUGUGAAGCAAAGAUCUUUGGAUAGUGAUGAUGAAUUAUUUGCUCAUCUCGUGACAGGAGAUCAGGUUCCAAUUUGUUCCAUUGACAAUACUACUUCAGAUUGUGAAUGGGAAGAUGGUAUGAUUAGUGGAGAAAGUGGGAUUUUAGUUGAUGGGAAUAUAUUGGCUAUAAAUUCUUUUCAUGUGCAAGAUGGAGAUAUGAAGGAGUCUGAUGUGGAAUGGGAGGACAGUACUAGUCUUAUGAAUGGUGAAUCUGAUAUGAAGUCUUUUGACAUGAAAGACAUUAAAGGCAAAGAGAUCGGAAUGGAAUGGCAGGAAGGGCUCACUACUACUGGCGUCCAGAAAAAUGCUCGGUCACUUUCUUCUGAUGACCUGAAGACUAUCUCGAAAGGGUCAGCAGAAGAAGAAGCUGCUUUGCAGGAGGCUAUAAGGAGGAGUCUUGUGGAUUUAGCUGGUGAAAAGUCGAGUUGUGUAUCAUGUGAUCUGAAGGCUGAUGGCUGUGCAUGCAAUCAACAAUUACAGUUGGAAAGCUGCAAUCCUUUAACUAGCUCACAUCUAGAGAGGCUUUUGGAUGGUCAUCAGCCAUCUCAGUCAUUUGUUAAAGAGAAUGAUCAAUCAAAUUUGUUGUCUAGAAAGGAUAUCUGUGCUUCUAGUAAACUUGGCAUGCACUCAAUAUCACCAGCAUUUGUUACUGCUGUACCAGCCCCUCACAUAGAUACUAAAAAUGACCUGAAUGAGCAACAACUGAGUACUAGCCCAGAAAAUGCCCAGAUUAGUAAUCUGGCUGAGAGUGGUUCCAGUACCCCAAUAGACAUGGCUGCUGGUGUACCUGUUACACUCCUUGAAAAUGAUGUUGAUGACAUUACAAAAGAAAGAGCUGCUCCAGCAUGUUAUUCUGGUGUACUACCUGAAAAUUUAGUUUGUCAGACAGCCUCCAUUUUAGAGAAGCAGACGGUGCAUUGUGAUUUUAAAAAGACUCAGGGAGCAGAUGAUGCCCACCUUGUAAGCAUGCAAGAAAGAAGCCAUGAUGCAGAGAUUACUGCAUCCAAAGAUGAGGAAAGCACUCUUGAACCCCAGGAAGUUAAUGUGGAAGAUGAAUUAUUAGUGCUUGAUCAAGAAUAUAAAAAUCUUGGGGAUGAGCAGAGAAGGCUUGAGCGCAAUGCAGAUUCUGUUAAUGCUGAAAUGUUUGUGGAAUGUCAGGAAUUGCUUCAAAUGUUUGGCUUACCAUAUAUUAUUGCACCGAUGGAAGCAGAAGCUCAAUGUGCUUAUAUGGAGCUUGCAAACCUUGUAGAUGGGGUUGUCACUGAUGAUUCUGAUGUAUUUCUCUUUGGAGCCAAAAGUGUUUACAAAAAUAUAUUUGAUGACCGGAAAUAUGUUGAGACCUACUUUAUGAAGGAUAUUGAAAAUGAAUUAGGUUUGAACAGAGAGAAGUUAAUUCGCAUGGCUUUGCUGCUUGGGAGUGACUAUACUGAAGGUAUUAGUGGAAUUGGCAUUGUCAAUGCUAUUGAAGUUUUGAAUGCAUUUCCCACGGAAGAUGGAUUUCAUAAAUUUCGUGAAUGGAUUGAGUCACCUGAUCCAGCAAUUCUUGGAAAAGUGGGAGUGCAGUCAGGCUUGAGCUCAAAGAAAAAAGGGUCAAAAGCUUCGAAGAAUGGCACGAGUAAUUCCAAAAGUGGUAUGGAAGGAAACUCUGCAGCUGAUUCUAACACUUUGCUGGAUCAUGAGGAGGAAGAGGCUAGGAAUGACGUCCAAAAUUUGAAGCAAACAUUCAUGAAUAAGCAUAGAAAUGUGAGCAAGAAUUGGCACAUCCCUCCUUCUUUUCCUAGUGAUGCAGUGAUCUCUGCAUAUGCAGCUCCACAAGUAGAUAAAUCAACUGAACCUUUUGCGUGGGGAAAGCCUGAUGUUUUUUCGCUACGCAGAUUGUGCUGGGAAAAGUUUGGAUGGGCUAGCCAGAAGGCUGAUGAGCUGCUUUCACCGGUCUUAAAGGAGUACAAUAAGCACGAGACGCAAUUGCGACUCGAAGCAUUUUAUACUUUCAAUGAGCGAUUCGCCAAAAUCCGCAGCAAGAGAAUUAAGCAAGCUGUGAAAGGCAUAACCGGAAAACAGUCCACAGGCUUGGAAAAAGCUGAUGAUUUGCAAGAGAAUCCUGCAAAGAUGAAGAAAGCUGAAGCACGUGCCAGUGUUAACACAAGGAAAAAGUCUCUUUCAAAAAGAAAAGAUUAUGUUGUUGGAUCACGAAACAAAUCUGCUAAAAAGUAUAGAUCACUACAGCAGGAGAAUAAAGAGGAUGGGCUGUCAGCCACAGGAGUCUGUACCGAGGCUGAAAAACAGAGUAUGAGGGAUGCUGGAAGCAGUAGAGUCAGAGGUAGAGGAAAAAGAACAGCUGUUGGUAAAGGUAGGCGAAAGGAGAAUUUUGAUUCUGAGUGUGAUGAGACCAGUAUAGAUGAUCACAACAGCAACAGUGAUGAGCAUGAACAUGAAGUGCUAUCUGAAAUCAUUGAGUCUCCUGAUAAUGUUCGAAGGUCAAAGCGUGCCCGGAAAGCUGCCAACUAUGUGGAAGAAGAUGAUGAAAGUGAUGAGCUACUGACUUCUCUAAAUGAGACGGACAAGAAUAGUGAAGGAGCAGGUGGACGUGAAGCUGAUACGGCUAAUGUUAAUGCAGAGAAAGACUUCAUGUCUGGAGAUCUUUCUGGUCCUGGCUUCCCUGGAGACUACUUAGUAAUGGGUGGUGGAUUCUGUCCUGAAGAAGACGAGGCAGAAAUAGAUAGUAAUCUGUUAGGUUCUAUCCAGAUGGACACUGCUAUUGUUGAUGUAGAUGGUGAAUAUUUGCAAAUGGGCGGUGGGUUUUGUGUAGAUGAUGAAGAUGAUCCGAAUUUCCAAGAACGUGAUGGAGGUGGAGCAUCCACUGUAACUGAUGCUCAUGUUUCCACUGUAACUGAAACUGAAGAACAUGGCCUAACAAUUGAUCCUUGUGAAAAUUCCUCAGCUCCAGUGAGUGUUCUCGAUACAGCCGAGGGCUUGCAAAAAGGCUUCUCGUGUGAUGUUAAUCUAAAUCUUGAUAAACUCCGAACCUUUGAUGACAAUUUGCCUAAUGUAGCCAACAUUGCUGCUCCAACUUCUGUGAACCCAUUUAGUGCUCUUCCAUAUUUGAAAAAAAAGAAAAAGAAACCUUGAUACCCGGAAUCUCUGCUAUAUUUUAGGUUUUGCUGUUGUAAAUAGUAUAUACCACAAGAUUUUAGGAAGAAGCUCAAUCCUAAAAUUAUUUGGUUAGUCCUUUCACCAUGGUUGUACCAGGCCCACCACUACUAUUAAUAGUUGUUUAUUGGCCUCUUUUUGUUAUUCUCCCAUAAA